AAUUCAAACAUAAAAACAUUCAAGCUGAUAAUAUCACUAUUUGUUAGUUGAUCGAACUUAAAAAAGACUUUCAAUUACAAUUUUUACAUAUUAUAGCAUAUAUAUUUAUGUGUUGGGGGCUAAGCUUAUCUUAGUUUAGAAUAUUCUCUUAGAUUAGCUUUGGCCUUUACAGACGGUGGACAUUUUGGCGCCAUAUAGAACUAGCUUACUCUGUCUGUCUCUUGACACGCUUUUCCGUUUUCAUGAAUUACAUAAAACCGUGUACGAGGAAAAUCAACAAUGUUGUCACGCUAACUGCUCCAAAAUAUCACCUUCACGUCGACGCUUCCAUCAUCAAGACAGGUUUCGAUCCCAACACUUACCGUUCCAAUUUCCUGCUCAAGGCUUUUCUCCAACGUGGGGAUUUGAGUCAUGCCCGAAAACUGUUCGACGAAAUGCCUCACAAGAAUAUAUUCUCCACCAAUACCAUGAUCAUGGGUUACAUCAAAUCUGGCAAUCUUUCUGAAGCCAGAACCUUGUUUGAUUCCAUGUUUGAACGCACUGCUGUUACCUGGACAAUGCUGAUUGGUGGAUAUGCUCAAAACAAUCGAUUUAGUGAAGCAUUUGGCCUUUUCGCUGAGAUGGGUAGGCACGGGAUCGACCAUGAUCAUGUCAGUUUGGCCACUCUGUUAUCUGGGUUCACCGAGUUUGAUUCUGUUAAUGAAGUAAGACAGGUUCAUACCCAUGUUAUCAAAUUGGGGUAUGAUUCAACCCUUGUUGUUUGCAACUCAUUGCUUGAUUCUUACUGUAAGACUCGCAACCUUGAAUUAGCUUGUCACCUGUUCAAUGAUGUGCCUGAGAGAGAUUCUGUUACUUUUAAUGCAUUGUUGACGGGAUACUCAAAAGAAGGGUUUAAUAAUGAAGCCAUAAACCUGUUUUUUGAGAUGCAGGAAUUGGGGUAUAGGCCAACAGAGUUUACUUUUGCUGCUGUUUUAACAGCAGGUAUACAGUUGGAUGAUAUAGAAUUUGGUCAACAAGUUCACGGUUUUGUGGUGAAGUGUAACUUUGUUUGGAAUGUGUUUGUGGCUAAUGCUUUGCUUGAUUUUUACUCAAAGCAUGACUGUGUUGUUGAUGCAAGGAAGCUUUUUGAUGAGAUGCCGGAGGUGGAUGGUAUCUCUUACAAUGUGCUUGUCACGUGUUAUGCGUGGAACGGAAGGGUGGACGAAUCUCUUGAACUAUUCAGGGAGUUACAGUUCACUGGAUUUGACAGGAGGCAAUUCCCAUUUGCUACCUUGUUGAGCAUAGCUGCAAUUUCUUUAAACCUUGACAUGGGUAGGCAAAUUCAUUCGCAGACUAUUGUAACGGAUGCGAUUUCGGAACUCCUCGUAGGGAAUUCUUUGGUUGACAUGUAUGCUAAAUGUGGCAAAUUUGUGGAAGCAAAUAGGAUUUUUGCAGAUCUAGCUCAUCAGAGUUCAGUUCCGUGGACAGCCAUGAUCUCGGCUUAUGUUCAGAAGGGGCUCCAUGAAGAUGGUCUAAAGCUAUUUAUUGAGAUGCAAAGAGCCAAAAUAGGUGCCGACGCAGCCACUUACGCCAGCAUUGUAAGAGCCUGCGCAAGUUUAGCCUCAUUGACACUUGGAAAGCAGUUACACUCGCAUAUAAACAGAUCAGGUUACAUUUCAAAUGUGUUUUCCGGGAGUGCACUACUUGACAUGUAUGCAAAAUGUGGAUCCAUAAAAGAUGCACUUCAAAUGUUUCAAGAGAUGCCUGUAAGAAAUUCAGUCUCAUGGAAUGCACUGAUUUCAGCUUAUGCACAAAACGGAGAUGGUGACCGCACCCUUAGAUUGUUUGAACAAAUGGUUCGUUCGGGUUUGCAGCCAGAUUCUGUAAGUCUCCUCAGCGUUCUAUGUGCUUGCAGUCACUGUGGUCUAGUGGAAGAAGGGUUACAGUACUUCAACUCCAUGACUCAAAUUUAUAAACUUGUUCCUAAGAAAGAGCAUUACGCAUCAAUCAUUGAUAUGUUAUGUCGCGGUGGAAGAUUUGACGAGGCGGAGAAAUUGAUGGCCCAGAUGCCUUUUGAACCUGACGAAAUAACGUGGUCAUCGGUUCUCAACUCAUGCAGAAUCCAUAAAAAUCAAGAGUUGGCGAAGAUAGCAGCAGAAAAACUAUUCAAUAUGGAGGUACUUAGAGAUGCUGCUCCAUAUGUUAGCAUGUCGAACAUCUAUGCAGCAGCUGGUGAAUGGGACAAUGUAGGGAAGGUGAAGAAGGCCAUGAGAGAAAGAGGAGUGAAAAAAGUCCCUGCUUAUAGUUGGGUUGAAAUCAAACACAAAACUCAUGUUUUCGCAGCCAAUGACAAGUCUCAUCCACAGAUGAGAGAGAUAAUGAGGAAGCUUGAUGAGUUGGAAGAGAAAAUGGUGAAACAAGGGUAUAAACCAGACUUAAGUUGUUCCCUUCACAAUGUGGAUGAGGAAGUGAAGGUAGAGUCUCUCAAAUAUCACAGUGAACGCAUUGCCAUUGCCUUUGCACUAAUUAGCACCCCAGAAGGGUCGCCUAUAUUGGUGAUGAAGAACUUGAGAGCUUGUACUGAUUGUCACGCUGCCAUCAAGGUAAUCUCAAAGAUCGUUGAUCGGGAAAUCACGGUCAGAGAUUCAAGCAGGUUCCAUCAUUUCAGAGAUGGAUUUUGCUCCUGUAGAGACUACUGGUAGCCUCCUGGCUUUGUUCAAUCCAUAAAACCAUCAAAUUCACUUAAAACAAGAAGUAAAACCUUGGAAAUAAGAUAUGUAUUCAUUCUAUAACUUCGUUUGUCCCAUUCUUCCAAAGACCCAGUGAAAAGAUAGUAAUUGUUUUUGUACAUUACGUGUAAUCACUUCUAAGAAAAUGAUUACUAAGAGCAAAUCAUUGAAAGCGGAAACUUUAUAUAUUGCAAGGCAAUGAAAAAGUUGUUGUAUUGUAGUUGAAAUUGGUAUGUUACCUGCAGCAAAUUAGAGCAAACAUAGAUAUCAAACAGUUCACCUUCUGAAUUAGUGUUGUCCAAUUAUUAUUAUUUUGUAUAGAUCAGAUUUCUCCGAAUUGUUGACUGCAAAACUCUCAACAAUUUUAACACUUAGCAUUCUUUUCCA